AUGCGGCGAGGCGCGAUGGCGUCGCCGGCGGUGUUUUCGUCGACAUGCGCCCGCGCAUCGAGCGGAUCCGGGCGACACGAGGUCCGAGUCCCACGAACGACCCGGUCCACUCCGAGACUCGUCAGAAUCACGGCAACGGAAAGGCACGGAGCGAGGCGACCCGGAGCGCGCGUCGUCGUCGUCGUCAGGGCUUCACGCGACGAGCGCGACGAAGAUGACGCCGCGUCGGCGCAUAACACCAGCGGGCGGCGCGUUGCGGUGGGCGCGGCGCUCGCGGCGACGCUCGUCGGCCCGGCGACCGCGCUCGCGAGUCCCGGGAGCGCGCACGCGCCGACGGACGCGACCGGGGCCCCUCCGCUCCCCUCCGCGUCUUCCGGUAGCGCGCGCGCCGCCCCGGACCCGCGCGAGCGCUACGGACCGGGCGACGCCGGCGAGAGAGAGCGGGCGGAGAUCACGCUCGCGGGCGACGCGUUCCGCUUUCUCACCGUCGAGGACGCUCCCGACCCGGCCGCGGCCGCGGACGCGCCAUCGUCGACGACGACGACGCUGGGCGGCAUUGGAGAAGAUAUCCUGGCCGCCAAGGACGGCCCGAGCCUUCCCGAGCAGGUCGCCGCGGCGGUGGUCGCCUUCGUCAAACCCCUGUUCGGCGAGCUCGGCGCCGCGGUGCUCGGCUUCGGCGGCGGCGCCGUCGCCUCGGGCUUCUUCAUGGGUUGGCAGCAGAGCAAAAAAUCAAAGGCAAAGGGGAAAACGGCGUCCAGGCAAGCGCUGGCGGACCUGGCGACCCUGGACGAGUCGGAGAUACAGGAGCUGGUAGGUGAACUCCCCGCGUGGCUCGCGUUCAGGGACGUGGAGCGCGCGGGGUGGCUGAACAAGGUCCUCGCCGCGGCGUGGCCGUACCUCGACCAGGCGACGAGUAACGUCAUCGUCGCCGCGCUGGACCCGAUUCUCAAAGCCACCCGCCCUUCUUUCCUCACCACCCUCUCGUUCGAGCGAUUCUCCUUCGGCAACAUCCCCGCGUCGUUCGAGGGCGUCAAGGUGUACGAGACCACCGGCGACGGGAGCGUGGAGAUCGACCUGCGCGUGUUCUGGGCGGGUGACCCGGACGUCGUGUUGGGGGUGAGGGCGGCGCAGGACUCGCUCUCGGUGCCCGUGUCGCUCACGGAGUUUGAGUGCUCGUUCACGCUCCGGCUGAUUUUCGCCCCGUUGCUCGGGGUCUUCCCGUGUUUCGGCGCGCUGACCAUCGCGCUCAUGGAGGAACCGCAGCUCGAUUUCGACCUGCGCGUCGUGGGCGGCGACGUCACUUUAGUCCCCGGACUGAAGGCGCCCCUCAAGCAGUACAUCUUGGCGCUCAUUGCGUCGUGGAUGGUGUGGCCGCGGUGCAUCACCGUCGCCAUUCCCGGCACCGGUUACACUUUACCGGUCGACGAGGACGCCGAGAAACCCACCGCGGGAUUGUUACACAUCACCGUCGUCGGGCACGACGGCGCCGCGGUGAACCCCGGCGAGGUCGGCCUCCAAGUCCGCUGGCCCGUCGCGGACCUCCUCGUGGAUAAAAACCAGAGCGAGGCUAGGGUGAAAGCCUUACCCGGCGGGGGCAUGCUCAGCAGCAAGGAGAUCACGCUGCCGGUCGAGGACCCGAAGGCGCAGCUGCUGUGCGUGCGGUGGUACACGCGAGCGGUCGUGGACGAGGACACCGGCAAGAUCGUCCGACCCGAGGUGUUGGACGGCGAGGCAUCCGUGGUUCUCGACGAACUUCGCGCUCAGGCUCUUCGAGCUCGCGGCGACGACGCCGAGGUGUUCGCGUCCGUCUCGCGGUGGGGACCCGUCCCCGUCGCCGCGGAGCUCGAGCCGCCGGUGGGCGCGGACAUCAAGUCCGUCGGCGGCGCGGGGAACGACGGCGAAUCGCGCGGGCUGGUCGGCCGGGUGUGGGGCGGCGUCAAGGGCGUCGGUCGAGGCGUGGGCGGCAUCUUUUCAAAAUCCGCGAGCGGCGUGGUUCGGGGGUACAAGACGGUGCGGCAGGAGGGUUUCGGGGGGGUGUCCAAGGUGCCCGGCGCGGUCGUGAGCGGGUACAAGCAGAAAGCCGCGGAGAGGGGCGAGGGCGGUAAGGGCGAUAAGGGCGAAACGCAGGCGACGCAGGUGGACGCGCUCCCGCCGCUCGACGUCCCAACCGCGAAGCUCGUUCGCCUCCGGGUCAGGUACCAGCCCCUGGACGACUCGCUCACGGCGGCCGCGGACGACGACGACGCGAACGAAGGGGACGUCGCUAACGACGGCGCGGCGUCGGGAUUCGUCGCGUCGACCACCGCCGCGUCCGACGUCGGCGGAUCUGAGCUCAUCAACGGGAGAUACGCGUCGCGCAGCAGGUGGCCCGCGCCGGCGCCGUCGAACAGGGCGAGCGGCGACGGUGUCCAGACGGGUUCCAGACGGGUUCCAGACUCCUCGACGGGCUUGACGGACGCGUACGAGGACGAGCUCGACGCCCUGCGUCAGGUUUUGAGGGAGAAGGAACGGGAGAUCGCGGGGAUGCGAACGGAGCGAUCGCUGAUGGAGAAGGAGUUGGCGAUGGCGGCGGCGGAUCGAGAGCGCAUCAGGCGAAUCUUUGGAGCCGAGGGGGAAAAACGCGAGAACGACGCCAGCCGCCAGGCGUCGUCCAGCUCGCUGAUCGCCGAUCGAACCCCCACCCCCGCGGGUAUGAAGCUGGAGGCGCUCAAGUCCGCGGCGAGGCAGACGAUCGCGGUCAUCAACGCGGCGAGGGCGCUUCCGGAAGGGGACCGAAGGGAACUCGACCUCGCGUUGCGACGAGCGGAUUCGCUCGUGGCGAAAGCCGCGCAGGUGGUGAGGGAGUCGACCGCACGGGAGGAGGUGGAGGCUGCGGCGGCGGAAGCCGAGCUGCAGAAGCUCAAGGCGACCAUCGCGGCUGCGAAGGUGGCGGAGGCUGAGCCCGGCGAGCCCUCGGAGGAUGAGGACGAGGACAGGCACUUCGGCACGGUUCACUCCAAGUCGGAGGUUCAGCGGGCGAUCGACGAGAGCGCGCACGCAGAGCACGAUUCGCGGGAGAGAGACGAGGAGAAGGAGAAGGACAAGGCUGAGUUCUUGGAGGCUCUGGACAGCGCGCCCGGGCCCGCGACGAGCGACGAGGAGCAGCCCAGCAAGCCCCGCUGA